UUGUGUUUUCGGUGCAAAUGGCACUGUAGGGGAACUUAAUGCUUCACCAAACACAACAAAAGAUUGUGUUUAACUUUUCUCUUUUUUGGGCUAGUAUAAGAUUAAGAAUUUUUUUUCAUGUUUUGUCAAUAAACAAUGUUGGGCCUAAAAUAUGAGAUAAGCUCCGUUUACGAAUUAAUUCGAGUGAGCUAAAAUUAAGCCGAUAAGAGCUGCUGGAAUCUUUCACUUUAAAUAAAUAAACUUAAAAAAAAAAGAGGGGAAAAAUACUUGACAACAGCCCUUCUCUAAAAGUCUAAUUUUUCUUAUAUAUCCUCUUUCACACACUCCCUUAUUUAGAAAAACCAGAGAGAAAGUGUGAGGACGGCGAAGAAAAUUAGAAAAAUGGCAAAGGGAUUUGCUUCUUGUGUUCUUCUCAUCAUGUACCUUUCCUUGUUGAUGUUAUGCAGUACUGGAAAUGGUCAUCCCCAGCACCACCACCACCAGCAGGACGGCGGUGAUGAUCCUCUGUAUAUGGCUAGAAGAGUAGGAUUCUUCACUGUGGAUGAUCUCUACGUGGGAAAAGCAGUGGGCAUUCAGUUUUACACCAGAGACCCUUCUUCUUUACCUCCGUUUCUGUCCAAAGAAGUUGCGGAUCGCAUUCCAUUUUCAGUAAAAGAACUUCCGCUUAUUCUUCAACUCUUUGGGAUGGCUCCAGGAUCUCCAGAGGCCCAGUUAGCUGAGAGGACCCUGAGAACCUGCUCAGAGGAACCCAUAAAGGGGGAGCAAAAGACUUGUGCAACUUCCGUAGAAUCCUUCAUCGAAUUCGCGAGCUCUAUGUUAGGCGGAGGACAAUACGGGGUCGAUUUCAGAGCUAUAAAAACUACCCAUUUGGGAAAACCAGUCAGCGUUUAUCAGAACUACACUUUUCUCGACAUCAAAGAGGUGCAUAGCCCGAUAAUGGUGGCCUGCCAUGUUAUGGACUACCCUUAUAUAGUAUAUAUGUGCCACAGCCAAACCAGUAGGGUGUACCAGAUCAAGAUCGUUGGUCAAGAGGUCGGAGAUGCACUUAAUGCUAUUGCGGUUUGUCACAUUGAUACAUCUCAAUGGGCACCCGAUCACGUUUCUUUCAAACUCCUCGGCGUCAAGCCUGGAACAGUUUCGAUUUGCCAUUUCUUCGGCCCUCAUAACCCUGUUUGGGUUAAAAAUUAACGAUAAUGUGUACUUUGUUUGUUUGUUUGUGUAUUAGGUUUAUGCAUGCAUCUAGUCGGGUACUCCCUUUGUUGUAGUGUUUAAAAUCGUCAUUAAUAAUGUUAUCUAAUUAAGUCCACGGAAAAAUUUUAAAUAAAAAAGAAAAAUGCUUGGUCUAUGUGCUUUCUCUGUAUUAUUUAUGCCUACUAUAACGAAUAAUGACAGUGAAAGGUUUCGAGUCUGAACGUAGCACUUGGCUCUUGACUUGCCAAAGAACAUAGAGCUGAUUGUGUGCGUCGUCGACGUCCAUCAAGUAAUGUUUAAUGUAAUGUUCAAAUCAAUAAAAUAUGCAUUAUUAGUAA